AAUUAUUAGUAGUAGUAGUAACAUUGUGGAGGAUACAAUAUAUUUUUCUUAAAUUGCAGAGAAGUCCCCUGGCUCUGUUUUGGUGAAGUCGGUGCUCUCUCGUCUCUCCCUCCCAAAAGCAAUGAGUCUCUUUGGCAUUGGCAGAAACCAAAGAACAUUUCGCCCCAAAAAAAGUGCACCAUCAGGCAGUAAGGGGGCACAGCUGAGACAGCAUAUCGAUGCCACGUUAGGUAGUGGAAACUUGAGAGAAGCUGUAAGGUUACCACCUGGAGAGGACUUCAAUGAAUGGCUUGCUGUCAACACUGUGGACUUCUUCAACCAGGUGAAUCUGCUUUAUGGCACUCUCACUGAGUUCUGUACGCCUGAGAACUGCCCUACCAUGUCUGCUGGCCCUAAGUAUGAGUACAGAUGGGCGGAUGGUGUGCAAAUUAAGAAACCUAUUGAAGUUUCAGCUCCUAAAUAUGUUGAGUAUUUGAUGGACUGGAUUGAGAGCCAGUUAGAUGAUGAAUCCUUAUUUCCUCAAAGACUAGGUGCACCAUUUCCUUCAAAUUUUAAAGAUGUUGUAAAGACCAUAUUCAAGCGUCUCUUCCGUGUAUAUGCGCAUAUAUAUCACUCUCAUUUUCAGAAGAUUGUGAGUCUUAAAGAGGAGGCCCAUCUUAAUACAUGCUUCAAGCAUUUUAUACUGUUCACAUGUGAAUUUAACCUGAUUGACAAGAAGGAACUUGCACCCCUGCAAGAGCUCAUAGAAUCCAUCGUCCCAUACUAAACAAGUUUGGCACUCACCUAUUAUAACUAGCGUUUUGGAGACAUAUACGUGUUUGUUACACUCCUAGUAGGAAAAUCUGUAUUUGCAUCUCUUUGCAGCUUCAGUUUCAUCUUGUCUUGUUGCUAGAAUCUAACAUUUAAUUAUUAAAUAAGUGUGUUUCCAAGUUUGUAUGUAAUGUUAUUCUUCCA